UUUUUAAGAGCCAAGAUGGCGCCGCCUGCCGAGAGUCCCAUGUGCUGUUUCCGGUCAUUCUCGGAAGCACGAUUCCCACACCUAGCCGACACGGUUGGUGGUUGUCGGCGGUGUGGGGUUUCUUAAAACUGUUCCCUGCGGAGCCAGUCAGCAGCCAGCAUGUCUAACAGAAACAAUAACAAGCUGCCCAGCAACCUGCCGCAGUUACAGAAUCUGAUCAAGCGGGAUCCGCCAGCCUACGUCGAGGAGUUUCUACAGCAGUAUAAUCACUACAAAUCCAAUGUGGAGAUUUUCAAAUUACAACCAAACAAACCUAGCAAAGAACUGGCAGAGCUGGUGAUGUUUAUGGCACAGAUUGGUCACUGCUAUCCAGAACAUUUAAGUAAUUUUCCUCAAGAGCUGAAAGAUCUUCUCUCCUACAAUCACACUGUCUUGGAUCCAGAUCUUCGAAUGACAUUUUGCAAAGGUUUGAUCUUGCUGAGAAAUAAGAAUCUCAUCAACCCAUCAAGUUUGCUAGAACUCUUCUUUGAACUUCUGCGUUGCCAUGAUAAGCUUCUGCGAAAGACUUUAUACACACAUAUUGUCACUGAUAUCAAGAAUAUAAAUGCAAAACACAAGAACAAUAAAGUGAAUAUAGUGUUGCAGAAUUUCAUGUACACCAUGUUAAGAGACAGCAAUGCAACUGCAGCUAAGAUAUCUUUGGAUGUGAUGAUUGAACUCUACAGAAGAAACAUCUGGAAUGAUGCCAAAACUGUCAAUGUGAUCACAACUGCAUGUUUCUCUAAGGUCACCAAGAUAUUAGUUGCUGCUUUGACAUUUUUCCUUGGGAAAGAUGAAGAGGAGAAACAGGACAGCGACUCAGAAUCUGAGGAUGAAGGACCAACAGCAAGAGACCUUCUAGUGCAAUAUGCCACAGGGAAGAAAAGCUCCAAACACAAGAAAAAGUUGGAAAAGGCUAUGAAAGUGCUCAAGAAACAAAAAAAGAAGAAAAAACCAGAGGUCUUUAACUUUUCAGCUAUUCAUUUGAUUCAUGAUCCCCAAGAUUUUGCAGAAAAACUACUAAAGCAGCUAGAGAGCUCUACAGAGAGGUUUGAGGUGAAAAUGAUGCUCAUGAACCUCAUCUCCAGAUUGGUGGGAAUUCACGAGCUUUUUCUCUUUAACUUCUAUCCAUUUGUGCAAAGGUUUCUGCAGCCCCACCAAAGAGAAGUAACAAAGAUCCUUCUGUUUGCUGCCCAAGCAUCUCAUCACUUAGUACCCCCAGAGAUCAUUCAAUCAGUGCUCAUGACUGUGGCCAACAAUUUUGUCACCGACAAGAACUCUGGGGAGGUCAUGACAGUAGGAAUCAAUGCUAUAAAAGAGAUAACAGCUCGAUGUCCUCUAGCCAUGACUGAAGAACUUCUCCAAGACCUGGCUCAGUAUAAAACACACAGAGAUAAGAAUGUGAUGAUGUCUGCUAGAACUUUGAUUCAGCUCUUCCGAACACUGAAUCCUAAGAUGUUGCAGAAGAAAUUCCGGGGUAAGCCUACAGAGGCCUCCAUAGAAGCAAGAGUGCAAGAAUAUGGAGAAUUAGAUGCUAAAGAUUACAUUCCAGGAGCAGAAGUUCUAGAAGUUGAAAAAGAAGAGGAUGCUGAAAACGGUGAAGAUGGGUGGGAAAGUACCAGUCUCAGUGAGGAGGCAGAUGCCGAUGGUGAGUGGGUUGAUGUGCACCACUCUUCUGAUGAAGAACAGCAAGAAAUAUCCAAGAAGCUCAACGGCAUGCCCAUGGAGGAGCGGAAAGCCAAAGCUGCAGCCAUUAGCACGAGCCGAGUUUUAACUCAGGAAGACUUCCAGAAAAUCCGCAUGGCCCAAAUGAGGAAAGAACUCGACGCUGCCCCAGGGAAAGCCCAAAAGAGGAAAUAUAUUGAAAUCGAUAGUGAUGAGGAGCCCAGGGGUGAGUUACUUUCUCUUCGGGACAUUGAACGCCUUCAUAAGAAGCCAAAGUCUGACAAGGAGACAAGACUAGCAACAGCAAUGGCUGGAAAGACAGACCGAAAAGAAUUUGUGAGGAAGAAAACCAAAAUGAACCCAUUUUCCAGUUCCACAAAUAAAGAGAAGAAAAAACAGAAGAACUUUAUGAUGAUGCGAUAUAGCCAUAAUGUCCGGGCAAAAAACAAGCGUUCCUUCCGAGAAAAGCAGCUGGCACUACGAGAUGCACUUUUGAAAAAGAGAAAAAGAAUGAAGUAAUCUCCAAGCAAAUUUUCCAUUCCAAGAAGAAUGCUAAAUUUGUAUCAUUAUUUUGAAAAUUAGUUAAUCAAAAAUGUUUAUUUACAUUAAAAAGUCCUGAAGCGCUAUAUUGUGAAAAACAUAGUAAACUUGGUAGCAAUUUAGUGUUUUUGUUUUGGAGAUGGGUAAUGGUGGGAAUGUUUGAAAUGUAACCAGUAGUGGUGUUGUAAAAUCAUUUUCAUUUAGCAUUCAUGCAAAAAAAAAAAAAGAUGUUGGGUGCCUACUAAUUGUCACUGUAGAUAAUAAAAAUGAAUGAGCCAUAACUCCUCACAGAAGGCAUUCACAGCCUAUUUGGGAAAUAGGAGGGGGCAGAUGUGUGUUGUAUGUGUAUUUAUAGUGCAGUGUAAAUAGUUCUCUAAUAGAGAUAGGUCUGUGCUUCUCUGGGGUCAUAGAAACCUCUGCAGGGCAUGGGAGUUAAACAUUUUCUCUUAAAACAGGACAAUGUUACAAGAGUAAGAGAUUCUUACUUGUAUAUAGGCUUACCUGCUGAAAACAGGUCCCUGCUGUACAGAUUUUCCGUAGCCAAUUAGGUCUUUUAGUCCAUCCAAAAAAUGUAUUUUUUUGAAUGCCAGGUACAGGCUUUUUGGUUAAGACCUCGCUUUUUAAAUUGCCUUAAGUAUAAAUAGUAAUCUUGGAGUGUCUUUAUUAGUUCGUCGUUUGGGCCGCCAUAGAGGAAAAAGAAAUCAGAUUGGUUUCCUCAGCCUGCCUUCAUGCUGUGGUAUUUUCAGGCCACUGUUUGCUUUGUCUCAAUAAAAGGUUCCUAAUGUCACAUAGGUACUGUUGUGUGUGUUGAGUGCUGUGUUGGUCUCCCUUCCCUAGGCACGUUUGAGUAGAUUUCAGGGGACACAGAGCCAUGGUCAUCCUGUUUGCAAGUCAUUGCAUUUGGAAAUAGUUUGGUGCCUUUGCCUCAGAUUUCCUAGAUCAUACUGUGAUAGAUAAGAAAAGUGUUCUAUGUUACUUUAGAGUAAAAGGCAAUUUUCUGCCCACCCAGAAUUAGGAAGUAGCUUCUAAAACUUCUCUUGUUCACUUUCUGUGUUCACUUUUGGUUUUAUUUGAAACUUUGGGGCCUUGGAGAUUAGUUGUGAAGAUCUUGAAGUUUACUGAUUAGGUUGCACUGGCCUGGUGAGAGGAGCUCUGAGUCAACUUCAGCAACUUCAGUGUUUAACAGGAAGAGUGUCUGAUGCAAAUUUGGUAUUUCAGACCUGAAACUUCUCUCUUUCUCUCUCUCUUUGGGGGGAGGGGUUUGUAUUUUUGAACUGGGUGUCUCGAGAGAGAGAGAGGUAAAUAAAAUUCAAAAUGGCAUAGCAGCUAGGGUUCACAGCUUUGCUGCAUGACUUGUGAUGGUACCUGGAAGUCUUAUCCUUCCUUCCCCUGGACCUUCGUACCCCACUUAGAGGCCAGGAGGCCAAAGUCCAUUCUGUGUUCAGACUUCUACUGUGGCUUCACCCUGUUCUUAUCUGAGGUUUAUAUGCAAGAUAGAAAAAUAUCUAGUUUAAAAAGGUGAAAGUCUUAACUCUUAUUUCUUUAAUUGCAUAGUAUCUUAAUUCUACCCAAUUCCUUUUAUUACUUUAUAAAUCUUCUCUUGAGAAUAUAUUCUGUAAACCCGAAGAUCAGAUUCUCACAAGGUUGGAUGCUGUCAGCAAAGGCAGAGUGAUCUUUCAGGGUCCCUCUUACCUUGAAGAGGUCAUCAGAGUCUGAGCUUCAACUUUUCAGUCUCUGUUUUUUGUCAGUCCUAAGUAUGGAUCCAUUUCAGGGAUGAACUCCCAUUUCCAAGCUCAUAAUAUAUAUAAAGUUAUAUAUAAAUCUAGAAUGCUGAUACAUUUUGUAUGCGAUUUCAGCAAGUUCCACAAAAGGCAGAGUCUGUUCUCUACUAUAUCACUAGUGCUAGUUCAGUGCAUUUAUUCCCUCAGUUCUCUCUGUGUAAAUAUAAUACCACCUACCUCCUUGAUUGUUUUGAAAAUUUUGAGAAUGUUAUAAGCACUUAGUAUUUGCCACAAAGUAAGCAUUCAGUAAAUUUCUCAUCAAAGAUUAGAUAUCUGUUUUUAUUUUAUUUUUUGUUUUGUGAAAUGAAACAACAAGAGUUGCUACAAAUAUUUGUUUUAUCCCUCCUCCAUUUUGGGGGGAAUUAAUUUGAAAUAUAAAAAUGUAUAUUGAAUGCUCAGUAUGUGGGUUGCAAACACCGUGUUUGUGCCAUAUGGAAACCUUCAAUCCAAUGAAAGAAAUAGGCUUACAAAAUGACUAUAUAAUAGAAGGCUGCUUAUGGAGCUAUCAGAAAAGGCACAGCAUAGGGCUGAGAGCAUCCUAAAAAGGGGGAAGUUCAGCUGUCAAGAGGGUGAAAUGGCUAUUUGCUAACAAACUAAUGCUUAUGAUGAACAGGAAAGCAGUAGGAAAUAUUCCUGAAUCAAAAAAGUUAUGGUUUAAAAGGUAGUAUAAUUUCAUAAAAGUUAUUUUGUUUUCAUUACCUCAUAUUCUAAUUCUUUGGAAAUUUAUAAUCUAAAGUGUCACAUGGCAACUCAGAAUUAAUCAGAAUAUUUAAUUAGAAUAUUCUGUUCUUCAAACAAUUUUAGAUAAACACAUUUUAAACUGUGUUACCAAGAAUAAUACAGUUCUACCAAGUCACAUCCUUUCAUUGUAUAAAAAUUAAAACUAAAAAUUAACUAUUGUUUUUUUAAACAUAUUUUAUGAGAUUUUAAAAAGAUCUUGAAAAUGAAUAGAAAAGUAAGGCACUGACAUGGAGCUUUUUCUCUUUUAUAAGGAAGUAAACUUUUCUAGUACAGUCUGGUCAGUACUUAUUUAAAAAUGCAGAUGAGAACAGAGCACAGCUAAUUCUGUACUAUUUAAACACCAUGUUUGUAUAGGGCACUUCUUAAAUGGUAACUAUAUCCUUAAAAUUCUGCUUUUAUUGUUUUGUCAAUCCAAUCUCAGUGUGGAAAUGGUUAAGCUGCAGUUUGUCCACAUGAUGGAAUAUUUUGAAGCCAUAAAAAUGUUUACAAUAGGAAAUGCUUGUUGUAAGUGAAAAGAACAAAAUGCAAAAAUAUUUAUAGCAUAAGCAAACUACAUGUGUAAGAAAAUGAAUAAUAAAGGCUCAAGAGGAAAUACUCUUGUUUAUAAAAUGA